UCUUGGAGCUAAAGUUUGGUAAAAUAAGAUUAUUGUAGUGAAAACUAUUAUAUUAACCAAUGAUUGUAAAGUAUUAAAAAUUUGUGGCUUGUAAUUGUUUUUGUCAAAAAAUUGUUAUUUUUAAUUUUUCUUCUGUCAUAAUAAAUAACUAUAUGAUGCAUAAAUUCCGUUACAAUUUAUAGUAUUAAUUUUAAAUUUUGGAAACAGCGUGAAUGUUCCGUCUUCAUUUAGAUCUUAACAACUUUAUUAAAGUCUUCAAAUAUUAAAGAUUCAGAGCAUAUAUGGAUAUGCUAAAUAUGUUAUACUUUUAAAAAUUUUUUACCUAAUGAUCUCAAUUAAUUAUCAAUUAUGAUUAUAAGUAAUUAAUAUCUUUAAGUAAUUCAUAAAUAUAUACGCAUUUAAAUUUUACAAAUGGACAAAACACAAUCUGCAACAAUAAUAGAAACACAUGAUACAAUCGAUACUAAUCUACCUGCAGUAGUGGCAGGUUUAGAGAUGCUCACAGUAACUACAAAUUUACCAUCUUCAGAGAACAAAAGGAUAUGCAAAAAAAGAAUACUUAAAGAUGAGUCUAAUGAGAUUCUUAAUAGAAGAUGCAGUUUAAGACCAAGAAAAAGAACAUAUACAGAAGUGGAAGGUAAUAAUACAAAAAAUAAAGUACAAACAGAAGAAAUUGAUUGUAAAGAAUAUUAUUUAAACAAAAAUUUGAAAAGAAAGUUAAAUAAUUUGGAAACAAUUUAUGAAGAAAAAGAUGGUACAAAUGAAUGUAUUACAUAUAUGAGUGUGAAGAGAUAUAAACGAAUGAUACAAUUUCAAGAAAAACCUACUGAUCAAAAAUUGAAAAAGAGAAGAGCAAAAAUUAAAAGAGUAUUUGGAUCAAAAAUUAAUUUUAAACGAAAAUGUGCUUCAAUGCAGAUGUUGCUUGAUAAAUUGAGUGGUAUUAUAGGAGAAUCACCUACAAAAAUUGAUAAUGACCAAAGUGAGAAAGUGUAAAAACACUAAAAUGUAUUAUAAAUUUUUUAUAAUUAAAAUAGAAUAUUGUGUUAAAAGAAAUUAUCU